CCCCGCGCCGCGCCUGCGCAGUGCGGGGGAGGCUUUUAAUUCCAUUGUGGAGAGGACGGCGUUAUUUUUAUUAACCGGAGGCGGCGGCGGCGGCGGCGGCGGCGCGGCGGCGGGACCCCAGGCCUCCUCCGGGGCAUGCGAGUCGGCGGCGGGUUCCUGAGCGGCGGCUCCGGCAGGCGGGCGGAGAUGGAGCCCAGCUUCCCGCAGAGCCUGGUCAUGUUCAACCACCGGCUGCCCCCGGUCGCCAGCUUCGCCCGGCCGGCCGGCCCGGCCGCCCCUCCCCCGCAGUGCGUGCUCGCCCCCCCCGCGGCCCCGGCCGAGCCGCCCCCGCCGCCGGCCCCGGACAUGACUUUCAAGAAGGAGCCGGCGGCCUCGGGCGCGGCCUUCCCGGCGCCGCGGGCCUCCUGGGGCUUUCUGCAGCCCUUGGUCAGCAUCAAGCAGGAGAAGCCGGCCGAUCCGGACGAGCAGCACCACCACUACGGGGGGCUGUUCGCGGGCGCCGAGGACCGGGGCCUGGGCGGCGGCGGCGAGGGGGGCGGCCCUGGCGUCAUCCAGGACCUCAGCGUCCUGCACCAGCAGCCGCAGGCCCCGCAGCACCGCGAUGCCCUGCUCGGCGGCGAGGAGCCAAAGCAGGACGCGAACGUCAAGAAGGCGAAGAGGCCAAAGCCAGAAUCUCAGGGAAUCAAAGCCAAGAGGAAGCCCAGCGCAUCCUCCAAGCCGUCUUUGGUGGGAGACGGAGAAGGCGCGGUCCUGUCCCCAAGCCAGAAACCUCAUAUCUGCGACCACUGCAGCGCGGCCUUCCGGAGCUCCUACCACCUGCGCAGACACGUCCUCAUUCACACCGGGGAGCGGCCCUUCCAGUGCGGCCAGUGCAGCAUGGGCUUCAUCCAGAAGUACCUCCUGCAGCGCCACGAGAAGAUCCACAGCCGCGAGAAGCCGUUCGGCUGCGACCAGUGCAGCAUGAAGUUCAUCCAGAAGUACCACAUGGAGAGACACAAGAGGACGCACAGUGGAGAAAAGCCAUACAAGUGUGACACUUGCCAGCAGUAUUUUUCCAGGACUGAUAGACUGCUGAAACACAGGCGCACGUGCGGGGAAGCCAUAGCUAAGGGAGCCCCCAGUGCAGACCCUGGCUCCUCGAACCAUAGCAACGUGGGAACCCUGGCCGCGCUGUCUCAGGGAAACAGCAGCUCCUCAAGGAGGAAGACGAAGUCCAAGAGCGGAGCCGCUGAGAACAAGGAACACAAGGCCGGGAAGGCAGGCGACGUGCAGCUCGCCGCCGGCAGCGUGAGCAUGCAGACGUACUCCGUGGAGAUGCCUGCCGUGUCUCCCAGCGGCGGCGUCUUGGGCGGCGGCGUCGACGAACUUCAGAGAAGGGUGCCAAAACUCAUCUUCAAGAAAGGAAACAGGAAGAACACAGACAAAAACUACCUGAACUUCGUGUCGCCGCUGCCAGACAUCGUCGGGCAGAAGUCCUUGUCCGGGAAGCCCAGCGGCCCCCUCGGCAUGGCGUCGGGCGUGGAGACCAUCAGCCUUCUCCAGGGCGCGGGCGGCAAACCGGGCCCGAUGAACAGCAAUUACGACGACGCCAUGCAGUUUUCGAAGAAACGAAGAUACUUGCCAACUGCCACCAGCAACAGUGCCUUCUCGAUCAACGUGGGACACAUGGUCCCCCAGCAGUCUGUCAUCCAGUCCGCGGGGGCCAGCGUCCUGGACAGUGAGGCCCCGCUGUCGCUCAUCGACUCCUCGGCGCUCACCGCCGAGGUCAAGUCCGGCCACGACAAGUCGGGCAUCCCCGACGAGGUCUUGCAGAGUAUCCUGGAUCAGUACUCGAGCAAGUCGGAGGGCCAGAAGGAGGACCCCUUCAACAUGGGCGAGACGCGUGUGGAUCUGCACGCCUCAGGGGGACACUCAGAGCUGGUUCCGGAAGAGAGCCUGAGCCCGGGCACGCAGACCCCCUCCAGCGACAAGGCGAGCAUGCUGCAAGAAUACUCCAAAUACCUCCAGCAGGCUUUCGAGAAGUCCACCAACGCAGGCUUUACGCUCGGACACGGUUUCCAGUUUGUCAGUCUGUCCUCACCUCUGCACAACCACACUCUGUUCCCGGAGAAGCAGAUGUACACUACGUCCCCUCUGGAGUGUGGUUUCGGCCAAUCCGUUACCUCAGUGUUGCCGUCUUCGUUGCCAAAGCCUCCUUUCGGGAUGCUGUUCGGCUCGCAGCCGGGGCUGUACCUGUCUGCUCUGGACGCCGCCCACCAGCAGCUGACGCCUUCUCAGGAGCUGGACGACCUGAUCGAUUCCCAGAAGAACCUGGAGGCCUCGCCGGCCUUCCAGCCCGCGUCCCAGAAACUGACCAGCCAGAAGGAGCCGCAGAAGAACCUGGAGUCCUCAGCCAGCUUCCAGAUCCCGUCUCAGGAGUUAGCGAGCCAGAUGGACGCCCAGAAGGACGUAGAGCCCAGGACGACGUACCAGAUCGAGAACUUCGCGCAGGCGUUCGGCUCUCAGUUCAAGUCGGGCGGCAGGGUGCCAAUGACCUUUGUCAGCAACUCGAACGGGGAGGUGGACCAUCGAGUCAGGACUUCAGUGUCCGAUUUCUCAGGGUACACAAAUAUGAUGUCUGAUGUCAGUGAGCCAUGUAGUACCAGAGUCAAGACGCCCACCAGCCAGAGUUACAGGUAAGGGCCCCACGGGACCGGCUGGAGGCCUCCUGGUGUCAUUCUGUUUUGUUCUGAGAACACUGCCGUUGGAAUGUUUUACACGAUCCUACGAGAAUAAUGUAAUGCCCUUUCAAUGCAACUUUUCACAUCUAGGUUAUUUUGUUAGCGUGAUUUUAGCUGUUUCUAUUAUGAUUUUUAAUCAAAAUCGAUAGAUUAAAAAUAGUUUGACAUUCAAAGUGACGAUGUUUAGCAAUCAAAUUUACAUGUAUAGAUGGUCAGGGAAUAGCCCAAAAGUUUUAAAUGCAAAAAAAUAAAAAAAAUAAAAAACAAAAAACCCUACAAAAAAACAAAAGGAAAAAAAACACAAAAAAACUUUGUUGCUAGGAUUAAGGUUAUUCUAAUUGCUUUACUCUCAGGAAAGUGUAAUAACGCAUGGGAAUUCUGUACGUUAUCACUGUAAUGGAAUAUCCAAUUUACAGGUAGUGUGGUAUACGUGUCAGCAUUUAAGUAAGGGAUCGGAAACAUUUCACAUUGCUCUGGGCCCAUAGGAUUCGCGAGUUUCAUCACCCGAGUAAGGGAUCGGAAACAUUUCAGAUUGCUGUCUCCAUCCGGGCUGGUCCAAAAUUCUGAGAAGUUGGCUACCUAUGUUCUCUUGCAGCUUUUAAAUGUACUCUGAACUUCCAAACCACGUUCAUUCCAGCCUAGUAGAACAAAUAUUCUCGGAUCUCUGAUCAAAGCCUGGAAUGAUAGCUUUACUAGAAGGAGAAGAGAGCGCGCCCUCGCCUCGCCCCGACUGCCACGCGGCCGCGGUUCCGCCCGGCCCGCGGACGCCGACGAGCACAGUGUUGCGGCCCCGCGCGGGCUCCUCCAGUGUUAGAGGCCGGGUGGCAGCCACACGGCCCUCUGGGUUUCGGGGGGGGGGGGGUGUUGUUACUGUGUAUAGCCCACAGACACUGUCCUCUUGUUUACGUUACUAUAGGUCACCCACACUUCUGGGGUUUUCGUUCUUUGUUUUUGUUCUCCUUAACCCACCCUCUUCCCAAGAGUUCUGGGCCUUGUUUUCUCUUCCUGUCUUCACAGUUUAAAUUUUAGGAUGAGUUACAUUCCAGUAGGUAAUUCAUUAUGCAUUUUACAUGCCUGUGGCAUCCAAAUACUGAAUGGUAAGAUGAACACCCGGCAGCCCCCACUUUCAAACCGACAACCCACCCACACGGAUGCUCACGUGUGACAGUGGCCGCCCGUCCUCGGGGCUGCGGGCACUGGCCCGGCUGGGCUCCCAGUGGUGACACGGCUGACGCGGGGGUGUGCCUGCCCCCAGCGGUGACGCCAGGGGCGCCCUGGAGCCGCAGCCUGGGACGUCCUCUGGAGGUGCGUCCGUCGGCCCGGUCCAGGGUCGCGGGAGGGCGUCACAGCCUGCGCUCCGCCCGAGUGGCCAUCGGCCGCCACUGGCAGCAGCGGCUCUGCCGGAACCGCUUUUUAGCCACCGUGUUCCUCUCCCGAUUGUGUUUUUAAUGUGCUCCGGCGUCGCCGCUGACGCGUUUUUAUGUGCUUUGGUGACGUCGCGGUCAGACGUGCUCCCUGACGCCAGGAAAGGGCCGCUGAGUGGGCGCCGGCCCGUCGUGUGACCGGCCUGGCGCGGCCCCUGUACAGCAAAGGAGAGUCAUGCGAGCGUGCGACACUCCCGUUACGAAGCAGUGUUUGGAAGACGAGAAAUUAUUGCAAUGGUUGCAGAAGACUAGUGAACCCCCCCACUCUCCUCCCUCUCCAAGUGUGCUUUCCCAGCUAAAGGGUCACCUACCUGUCACUGCAAGAUGCUUAGAAAAUGUGUUUAAUUAACCCUCUCAAGUACACUCGGUUCUCAAACGUCUGUUAUCUCUCAUUUUGGUAAGCAAGUGCGGUUCCGCUCUGUUGGGGACAGGGCGCAGGCCGUCACGAAGGGCGGACAGGACCUCACCACUGGACCUUAAGGGGUAUGAUUUCCCUCCGGCGUUUAGUUCCCUGCAGGUUUUGAGUUUCUUUGAUAACUUUUGCUGUGUGUACUGAAAACUGCAUAUGUAUUACUCUGAUUGUUUGCCCUAGUUUACUACCAAUAAAAGACCUGUUACUCACAAAA